AUGGCACUGCUCUCCAGCGAGCCUGAAUGCCGUGCCAUUGCACAGCACUUGAAGGAUGCUGAUGAACGGAGACAGGAUUCCCUUCUACCAUCCCUCGUGCCCCAGCAGCUGCCUAAGCCAUCUUUCCUGAACCCUUCCCAAAUGGCUCUCCAGAGCGUCCUGGGCCUGGACCUCCCGCCGCAGGCCCCCAGCUGGCCCCUGCCACCCCCAAGCAGGAGAGUGGCGCCCCUGCCGUUUCCGCUGUCCCACGGCACCACCACGCUGGCCUUCCGCUGCAGCCAUGGGGUGGUGGUGGCAGCGGACACCCGCGCUUCGAGCGGGAACCUCGUGUCUGAUCCGUCGGCCCGCAAGGUCAUGACCCUCCACCGCCAUCUUCUAGCAACCACGUCUGGGACAUCGGCCGACUGCGCCUCCUGGUUGCGCCUGCUGCGGUGCUCCCUGCGCCUGAGGCAGCUCCAUGGCGGGCGCCAGGUCAGCGUGGCAGGGGCCGCCAAGCUGCUGGCUUUCCUCUUGCGGGGCUGCCGCCACAAGGACCUGUGCGUGGCCACCGUGCUGUGCGGCUGGGACGACGGCGGGCCUGCUCUGCGCUACGUCUACAGCGAUGGCACGUGCCUCCAAGGAGACAUUUUCGCAGUGGGCUCUGGUUCUCCCUAUGCCUACGGGGUGAUGGACGGCUCAUACCGCUUCGACCUGCCACGUGACGAGGCUUUCAUGCUGGCCCGCCAGGCUGUGGCUCAUGCAGCCCACCGAGAUGCCUACUCUGGGGGGAACGUGGACCUCUACCACGUGCGGCCAAGCGGCUGGGUGUGCGUCUCCCGGGAAGAUCUCAGCCAGGUCUAUCGGGGAUUGGGGCCACUGGGCGACGGAGAGGGCGACACUAAAGAAAGGCACCGUGGAAUUGACUAGAUACCAGCCUAAAACGGGACGGGUCUGUCGGUCUCAGCAAGAAGCAGCCAUAACCCAGAUUCAGAAACCAUUCAUUUCAGCAAAGCGGUGCAGAGAAAACAAAGCACAGGUUGUAAAAUAGGGAGCGGAAGUGGACUAAAUUUUUUUUUUUCCUAAACCCACCCCAAAGCUGCAAAGAUGGCAGCUUGGACCAGUGCAAACCCAACAUAGGGACAAUAUUGUAGCAGCAAGAUGCUUAGCGGAGAGGGAAACCAAUCGCUUAUUUCUACAAACGGCGAAUCAGAACCCCAAAUAAUUCACAAAUAUGGUGAAAAGCAAUCAGCGUGGCUUAUUAAAAAACAGCUUGAUUUAGCAUAGGGCCAAUUACGGAGCAGAUGGUAGCGCAGCGUACAUUAGAUGUGGGGCGGCGGGGGGAGCCUUGGGCCAGUGUAAACCAGUAUGGAACGGACUCUGCUGGUUCUGAUGUAUGGAACUGAUCUGUGGAGGCUGAAAUGACGCCCAGGAUCCUUUUGGACCGGCCAGGAUGGCGCCUAGGAACCCUCCCAGGCCUGGACUCAUGUUUGUGCAACUGGGUCGGAAUAACCUGCGAGUCUCCUUGGAUGAACCAAACAUGUUCACCCUCCUGCCUUGGAGGGAAAAAACCAGAC